UGUGCUUUUGCUGUUUCGCGCAUAAUCAAGUACAAAAGAACAUAACAUUCUGUAUUUAUAAGGUACCAAAGGAUUUAUCAUUUAAAUUCUUCUUUAAAAAAAUAUUACCUUAAAGUAAUGUCUCGACUUUGAUAUUUGGAUUUCACUCUGUUUUUCACAAGUUUUCAACUCCAAGUCAACUCCUGUCCCGGUGUUUGCAAAAUGGCGGUUGAAUGGUACUUCAUGUAAAAGGCGUCAUGGUUAUGUUUUUAUAACACAGCGGUGUUAUUAUUACCAGUAUUGAGUGAAUUUUGUUAGUAUUUGAACAUUGAAUAUAAAAUAAUGAUGGCUGAAAAGAAGGACGGUGCUGGGCCAGAGGGAGAAGAGGAGUUUUCUGUUGAGAAAGUCUUAGAUCGGCGCAUACGAAAUGGAAAGGUUGAAUAUUACCUUAAAUGGAAAGGUUACAAUGAUGAGGACAACACAUGGGAGCCGGAAGAGAACCUUGACUGUCCUGAUUUAAUCCAGACAUUUGAAGAUGCCAGAAAGAAGAAGGAAGCUGAGGGUAAGGCAAAUAAAGUUGACAAGGAUCCAAAGAAGAGGAAAUCAUCAGCAGCUACACCAGAUUUAAAAGGUGCUAAGAAAAGUAAAAGUGAUGAAAAAAAAACCUCUGGCUUUGACAGGGGGCUUGAGCCAGAGAAGAUUAUUGGAGCGACAGAUAGCAGUGGAGAACUGAUGUUCCUAAUGAAAUGGCAAGGGACUGACGAGGCUGACCUUGUACCUGCUAAGCAGGCGAACGUACGAUGUCCCCAAGUAGUUAUCCAGUUCUACGAAGAAAGGUUGACAUGGCACACACCAGCUGCCGAUGAAGGUGGCAAUGAAGAUUAGGUACAUUCUUUGAGGGAAUUAUAAGAUACUUUUUUCAUUAAGAAUAUUUUUUUAGUUUGGACGUUUUAAUUUGUUAGAUUCAUUUUUUGUUUAUAAUUAUGGUUUAAUUUUAAUAAUGAUGUUAGAAUUAUGUCGUCAUUUGAAAACAAGUACUGCCCAAAUAUUUUUCCAAUAUUUUAUUUUUGAUCUAUUUGACUCAAGACAUUAUUUUGAAAUUAUUUGUAUCUUGAAAGUGGGCACUUAAUGCUUCAUCAGAAUGUUAGGGUUCAGAAUUGAAAUACUUAUCUUGUUGCUGUAUUAUAUGUAACAUGUUCUGCCAUAAUUUCUGGUGACGCGAUAAAUAAGAAUUUUCCAAAUAAGUAUGUGUUUAUAUAUUAAGGUAGUCAGAGUAUAUGUUAAGGUAGACAUAAUAUUAAUCUUUGUUUAGUAAAACAUAAAAUUUUAAAAAAAUAACCAAAUUCAGAUGAGCCAUGUAUUGACUUCAAGAACUAAUCUCAAUAAUUAUUUUCCUUUGUGGAUACAUAGGCUUUGUUGAAUUUGUUUUUAAAUGUUUAAUUAAAUUUUACCUGCAACUCAUUGUCUUACUCUUAAAUAUAGAUUUCGGAUGACAGGUAUUAAAAUAUUUGUCUAA